CUCUAAAAUUUAGACAUCAAAGCAGGAGGGAAAUUGUAUGAUGCUCAUAAGAGUUAGUUUUUCAUAUUUAUAUAGGCUAUAUCACACAUACGUACUGCCAAUCUAAGUUUCAGGGUAUUAAGACAGAUACUAGAUGCGACAUAAAUUGAAUUCUGUGCAUUUUUGGUUUGAGAAUAUGCUAGUAGGGGUAUGAUUUGCCUUUUUAAAAGUCAAAGACAAGUUAAUAAUGCAGAGCAAAUCAUAGUCACCUUUGCCUGCUCCAAACUGCAGGUUUAUCUCAAAAGUAGUGUUUUCAAAAAUAUUGAUUUAUCAAUAUAUGCAGAUUCUGAAUAUUUUAAACGGUUUCAAAAGUUAUUUUCUGCAUCAUAACACUGGCACUAGCUGCUCUUUCUCACUCUGUUAUUGUUAGUGUUAUUAUAGUGCUUCUGCUGUUUUCUGCUGUUAACCAAAAAAAGAAAUGGUGUUGUUGUCAUGUUACAGCCGUGUUACAUUUAUCAUUUAACAUCACUUUUAACUGGUAUACCCUCAAUGUCACCUUUUCCUCUUCAUAAUGAAAAUGCCAUUGAAUAUCAAUAUUUUUCAAGGUAUUGUAUUGAAGAUAGAAAUUCUAGUAUCCUGACAACACCACUUAUAAGUCUGUUAUACCUCUUCGAAUGAAGUUUUAAGUCUUGAAUACUUAAUUGUAGAUUCAGUCCUAAAACAGAUAAACUCGAGUUUUUUUUAUCCUUAGACAAAAAACACUUUUUUAUGAACCCUUCAUGAACAAAAAUCCAUUACAAUAAAUCCUAAUAGAACCAUUUGCAUACUUUUAUAAGUAUUUCAAGUCACACCUAUAGAGCAUUUAUUCAGGACCCCUCUUACAGCUGGGAUUUUCUGAGACCCCAAGCAAAGGUAAUGUGUGACUUUCUUUAUAGGAAAGUGAUAAUAAACAAUUAGGAAAUGUCAUUAAGUAUCCAGCGUCAGCGGGCAGCUCCCUCCCCCCUCCAUGUUUGCUGUCGCCUGGACACAGAGCCAAACAUUAGCUAACGGUGAGGAGGAAGCAGCACGAGCUAACCCUGUGACAACAGAAAGUUUUGUUCACAAAAAUGCUGAAAUAUCCUGAGGAGCAGAGAAACGUGGGUGUCCCGCCUCCAGGCCGGUGGGUGUGGAGUGAUGACACUCAGACAGUGGAGUUUGUCAGUUCUGGUCCAACAGAGGAGGGCGUUUUGAGGAAAAGAAGGCAAAGUAAUGUCAAUUUCAAUGAUCUCCAACAGCGAUCAGAGUGGUUGGCUGAGGUCUGCACGUUGAACGGUAGAGGGCGCCAAAGCAUUAGAAAGAGCCUGAGCCCUGCUCAUCUGAAUGCAUACAGGGCCUCGGUGAUGAAGAGUCAAGGGGACCGCAUCACCACUGAUGAUGUUAAACGGGUCGCUGUCAGUUUGCUACAAGAGAAUUACUCGCUUCCCAUUCCAUUCUGCUUCUUGGCUAUAUUGAAGAGUAAAGAGCUGGAUGAAGUUUUGGCCGCCCUUCUCCUUUACCUGUCUUAUUUCUUCGAACUUAAGUCUCUGGAGAAUACAUCAAAGUCAUUAAUGGCUGUAGACAUCACCUCAGAGCACAAGAUGAUGAUGGAGGCUUUGGCCAAAAAGGAGAUUGCUCAAAAGAAGCUGGCUGUUUGCUACUUCAGCUUCAUCAUGGACCUGGAGUUGGAACAACAUGCGUCAAAUCACAAGGGCCUGAUGUUGUCAAACAGUACAGAAUGGCUGCUGCAUGCGUGCUUGUACAGCUUUUUCUGUUGUGCGGCCUGGGUGACGUUUGGCAGGAAGGACCUGAGGGACAUCCAAGAGGAGGUGGGGCGUCUUUUGUACUCCGACACCUUCAACACAGCAGUGAGGAAAAGGUCUGAUGGGGCCUCAGGAAUGACCUUCGCCGAUGUUAAUGGUUCAAUGAAGACGGGAGAGGCUGACCCCAAGGAGACAGGAAGUAAUAGCACAUUCAAGCACAGAACGUCCCAGAGGUGUCCGGCCCUCAGCAGUAUAGUUAAUCAGCGUUCCCCACUGAUGGUAUCUCUGCUGCCCUCGCCCAAAGAACGAUCACCCCAUCUGUUCCCCAGCAGCCGGGCCAGGAGGCAGAGCCUGCCGCAGGCCGAGCACUGUGACACCAAGGCCUUGACGGAGCAGCUCAACGAGCAGCUGGCCAGUGUCAGCUUUGGGAUUCUUGGCAAGCCGUUGAAGCACUUCAACCGCAGUACCUUGAUACCCAAUGGAGGACAGAAAAACAACCGAGGUGAGGGUGACAGCCACGACCCAGAGAGUGAUGUUAAUAACAACAGCGAGGAUCAUCCUGCAAUCCACGCUGGAGGUAGCAGGUCGUCCUUAAUGGGACCCAAGAUGACAGGCCUCGCCAGAUACAGCAGCACCACCCACAUAAACACCAGAAACUCUGCAGCUACCGUCCCUUGUCACACUGACUGUCCCUUGUCUGUGACAAGGAUGUAGUUGGAGCACGCCAUGUCACUCCCACUAACCUACCCGACUAAUUUGCAUGCUACCAAGGUAUAGGAAUUAGCUAUCAGGCCACUAUGUAAACUCUUUUUUCAUGAGGCCUACAGAUAAGCUAGAUCUUAAAGAAAUUAUCAAAAACAUGAAAAAUCACAUACAGCGGGGCUGCUGGGAUAUGCAGUAAAAUCUUGAUAGCUAUAAAAAACUUCACUGUAAAACCACUUGCUCAUUGUAUUGAUUUGUCUUUACUUCAUGGUGUUGUGCCAAA